AAUGUUCUCCCCCGGUGCUUCCGCCUGCCUCUAGGGUUUUUCUACUGCUGCUCUUUGGUCUUCUCCUUCUAACCUGCUCGAUUCUUUGAUCAGAACUGCCGGAAAUGGAGAGGCCACGUUGCUUUCUGGACAUAAGCAUCGGCGGUGAGCUGGAAGGUAGAAUCGUCGUGGAGCUCUACAAUGAUAUCGUCCCCAAAACCGCCGAAAAUUUCAGAGCUCUCUGCACCGGCGAGAAAGGCAUUGGUCCUCACACCGGUGUACCUCUUCAUUACAAGGGAAGCCGAUUCCACCGUGUUAUUAAAAGCUUUAUGGUGCAAGGUGGUGACAUAUCUGCAGGGGAUGGUACUGGGGGUGAAUCAAUUUAUGGGCUGAAAUUUGAAGAUGAAAAUUUUGAUUUAAAGCAUGAAAGGAAAGGAAUGCUAUCAAUGGCUAAUGCCGGGCCUAACACUAAUGGGUCGCAGUUUUUUAUCACUACUACUAGGACUUCCCAUCUAGAUGGAAAACAUGUUGUAUUUGGGAAGGUAGUCAAAGGCAUGGGAGUUGUCCGCUCAAUUGAGCAUGUUACAACAGGUGAUAAUGAUUGCCCUACUCUGGAUGUUAUAAUUGUGGAUUGUGGCCAAAUACAAGAGGGAGCAGAUGAUGGAAUUGCUAACUUUUUCAAAGAUGGAGACGAAUAUGCUGAUUGGCCUGCUGAUCUUGACAACUGUUCUGGGGAGCUUUCUUGGUGGAUGACUGCUGUAGACUCUAUUAAGUCUCAUGGAAAUGACUAUUUUAAGAAACAAGACUAUAAAAUGGCUCUCAGAAAGUAUCGAAAAGCUUUGCGAUAUUUGGAUAUCUGUUGGGAAAAAGAUGGGAUUGAUGAAGACAAGAGUAUGCAUUUGAGGAAGAUGAAGUCUCAGAUAUUUACAAACAGCUCGGCUUGUAAACUGAAACUUGGAGAUUCAAAGGGAGCACUUUUGGAUGCUGACUUUGCAAUGCGUGAUGGAGAGAAUAAUGCCAAGGCUUUGUUUCGCCAGGGUCAGGCACACAUGGCUCUUAAUGAUAUAGAUGCUGCAGUUGAAAGUUUCAAGAAAGCUUUGAAUUUGGAGCCCAAUGAUGGAGCAAUAAAAAAGGAGCUUGCUGCAGCAAAGAAAAGGAUUGCUGAUAGACGUGAUCAGGAGAGAAAAGCUUUCGCCAAAAUGUUCCAAUAAUAUAUGGUGGGGAUCACCUUGUAACUUUAUGUGCUAAUUUCAACUCUGUUUAGACGGCAUGCUUCGGUUGCCUGGUGCGCUGUCAGGGUUGAAAGGGCUGGUAGAUCUUGAUCACCGUAUUGUAAACUUAGAGACUGUACAAAAUUUUUGGGCAGACAUUUUUAGGUUUGAUUAUCUUGGUAUUAGUCAAUUGGGCUUUAGCAUUUCAAAACAUGCCAAAACUGGCGAAGUUGAUAGAUUUUUUACCGUCUUACUGAAUAAUCAGAACUAUUUUCUCUUUUUUCGCCCA